AUGGCUCGUGGCAACCAGCGCGACAAGGCCCGUGAGAAGAACCAGGCCAAGUUGGCUUCGGUGAAAUCUAAGAACAACAUGACGGGCAGCGAGAUGCAGAAGAAUAAGGAGGAUGUCGCGGCCAUUAUGCGCGCCAAGCAGCAGGCCGCGGAUGACAAGAAGAAGGCUGAGAAGAAGUGA